AUGAUUAUUUGUUUUCUCGGUAUUUAUAUUGACAUCAGUCGAUUGUUGACAUUCAUCUGUCUUGUAACUCUUAUUUUAAUUGUUCAAUUCAAAUUGGUGCUGAUUGUUGAUGCAGCUCCUGAAAAUUCAACCAGUAUUUCUUCAUAUUUGAACAGUACAAUAACCGUACAACAGACAGAUAAUCAAACAACAACAAACAAUUGUACAGCGGAAAUAAAAGAUGAGACAUUAUAUUAUUUUUCUGUUGGCUACCGAGCAUUUGCUGGUGCACUUGUUGUUCCGAUAACAAUUUGUGCUAUAUGUGGAAAUUCUCUUGUCAUUUAUGUUAUUAAACAUUAUCAUUCAUUACGUAUUACAGGCAAUGUUUUUCUUGCCUCUCUUGCAGUUGCUGAUGUUGGUGUUAGUACAUUGGCAAUGACUUUUUAUGGAUUACAAUUACUCUAUGGACGAUGGUUGUUUGGACCCCUUAUGUGUCGUUUAUGGUUUUCAUGUGAUGUUUUAUUUUCCACAGCAUCAAUCAUACAUUUAGCUUGUAUAUCUCUUGAUCGUUAUUUAUCUAUUGUGCGUCCAUUUGAACAUGAACGUACAUCAUCUGAACGACGUCGUUAUAUAAUGAUUUUUUUCUGUUGGUUUUUAUCAGCAUUACUUUCGUUUAUACCAAUAUUUACCGGUUUAUAUACAACACGUGAACAACGACAUAAAAUCGAUUGUUUAAAACAUGUUCAUGGUCGUUGUAUAUUUAGUGUUAAUCAAGGAUAUGCUAUUGUAUCAUCUUCAUUUUCAUUUUGGGUUCCCGGUGCUAUUAUGAUUAUAAUGUAUGCUAUGUUAAUACGAAUAGCUGAUAAAAAAGAACGUGAAGCAUAUCAAAUAAUGGGUGGGGUAGCACAACGUCGACAUACAUCUCAAUUACUCUAUAAUACAACACAUCGACAAUCUAGUUCGGAUCAAACAGUUAUUGAUCCAGCACAACAAUCACAUAUUUCUAAACAAUUAACAGUAGCAAUUACAAGUAAUGGACAUACAAAAAAAUUUCGUCGUCAAAAAAAACAAGAUAGUCUUGAUAAAGAAAUUGAUCGAAAAACAUCUGUUGAUUUACCUGGUAGUUUACUUGAUUCACGUAAUAGUCAAAUGAAACAUUUAAGACGUGAACGUCGUGCUGUUAAAACUUUAGGUUCAAUUAUGGUUGCUUUUGUAAUAUGUUGGCUUCCGUUUUUUGUUCGUUAUACAGCAUGUGAACCAAAUCGUUGUAAUUGGAAAAUUGCGCCACUUCUUGCAGAUAUCGUUUUUUGGGUUGGCUAUUUUAAUUCAAUGAUUAAUCCAUUUUUAUAUGCUUUUCAUAAUAAAGAUUUUCGUAUAGCAUUUCAAAAAACACUUAGUCGAUAUUUUGGAUGUUGUCAUCCACGUCGUUCAAGUAUAGCUAGUUCAAAUAUAUUUUCUGCACCAACACCAAGUGGUGAUUCAACCAAAACAACAGUUACUAUAAGACAAUUAAAAAAUAAUAAACUUAUUCGUUCAUUAGCAAAUAUGAAUAAUCGACAAAUAACAAAUUCACAUCAUCUAAGGCUUGCUAAUGCUGGUCUUGAAGUAUCAAAUGGUAAUUUAACUAUUGGAGUAAAUAGUUUAUCAUCAAAACGUAAUUCUUGUCUUUAA